AUUUCUCGGUGUGUACGUCACGCAGACGUCAUGUCUACUUAUAUAUUUAGCGUGCAAAGGUGUAACGUUUAAAACGGCGGUGCGGUCACGUGACGAGCGGAAGUUGCUGAGCACUUCCGGAACCAAAACAACGAGCAACGGAAAAGAUGUCUCACUCUGACUUCUUUUUAAGAAUCCGGAAGUAGCACAAGGGCCAUUAGUUUGUAGUUAGGACAAAACAAACUAAUAUGUCUCUAUUUAAUUUUCACUUUCAUAUUUAGUGCCCACAUUUUCACUGAGUGAUGCGAUAGCGUGACUUUGGCGCGAGGACGCCGGAGUGAGGCGUCACUCCUUAAACACGCGAUCUUGGGCGCUAGCUGCACCGUCGCUAUGAGGCCCAGAGAAGACGCCAUGAUGACUUCCAUCGUGCAGAGGAUCGCACGGCAGGCCCUCGCCACCUUCCGGAGCCCGCCGGGGCUCGGCGCACAGGCCGCCAAGUGCUUCGCGGAGAACCACGACAAGCUGCACGGUCUCAUGAGCGAGGUGCGCGCCGCCGACCUGCAUCUCGCGCCGCCCGCCGCGCCCCCUCCGCGCGGGGCGCCGCCGGUCACGUACAUGCACAUCUGCGAGACGGAGCACUUCAGCAUGGGCGUGUUCCUGCUGAAGAGCGGCGCCUGCAUCCCCCUGCACGACCACCCGGGCAUGCACGGCCUGCUCAGAGUCAUGUACGGCAAGGUGCGCAUCAGCUGCUACGACCGGCUGGAGUCCUCCUCCCCGCCGCCAGGGGGCGCGCUGCGGCGCUGCCUGCCGCGCUCCAGGGGCGAGUACACGCAGGACAGCGAGCCGUGCCUGCUGGCCCCCGAGCGGGACAACCUGCACCAGAUCGACGCGGUGGACGGCCCCGCCGCCUUCGUUGACAUCCUAGCCCCGCCCUACGACCCGGACGACGGGAGGGACUGCCACUACUACCGGGUGCUGCCCGAGGCGGAGCUCGGGGACCCGCAGAGCCGGGAGGUGUGGCUGAUGGAGAUCUCGCAGCCCGUCAGCUUCUGGUGCGGAACCGAGCCCUACCCGGGCCCCGAGGUACGCCUCUGACCCGGGGGCGCACGCAGGGUGACGUCACCAAGGACUGACCCGGCGUGUCAGGUGACCCACGUGCGGACUGUGUUUGAUAUGAUCUAACGCCAUCUCUUUGUAGUAUUUGAUGAACUUUGGCCAUGUCGAUCAGCGGUUCUCAAACUUUGUUCACCAAGUACCGCUUGGCUCGCCCAACAUUAAAACGCAGUAGCGUAGCAGGUCUAAGUAUUCAUUAGUAACUCCAUGCGUCAGGUCCAAACUGGUGACAUCUAUUAAACAAGACAAGAAGCAAAGAAUCAAACAGGCAGAAUUCAAUCUUGCUCAAUUGAGGAGAAACGUGUCGACCUAUAACUUCUUACAGUGUCACCCACGCUCUGACGAAAAAGGGUUACGUCUCCUUUAUUUGGACACUCCCUGUUUACACAACAACAUCUGCUUCCAAAGGAAUGGGGGGCAUGUAAACAGCUCUUGUUUUUGGUCACAUUGAAAACAAAAGAAAAAGAUGCCUCUGGCUUGGGCUGGUCCUGGCUUCAGCUUGGGCAGGUCUUGGAUGACAAUAGAUAACCCCCCUCCCGUCUCCUCCCAUCGUACACAAUGGAAUUUUCCAAGCCUUUGCUUGGUGCAACAAAAACAGCCUCUUGUCUGUUCAUUGGGAACUCAGAACGGAAAGUUUUUUGAUAAUUUACAUAUAAUUUUACAUAUCGACGUAUCGGUGUGCCACGGUUUGAGAACCCCUGAUCGGGAUAACAAUAGCGUCAACAUGGCGACGACUGCUGCUGUCCGAUUGUCAUUUUAUCCCCUGCACAACGCUGCUAGUUCCACUGUGACCGCCUCCAAACAUUUCAGUGUGAAAGACGAGGAAUGAGGAGUUUGUAAGUAGCUACCACGUGGCGCUAAUAAACACCAUUCAAGUCCGACUGAG